AUGGCUCUUGACGACACGAAGACCGCUCAGACGGCUGCCCAUGCGGAGCACCACCACGAUGACGUUGAAGGCAAGAUGCGUGCGCCACGCGUUGAAGCUGUGGACUAUGCCGGAGCACACAAGGUCACAGAUCCUGCCGAGAUUAGGCUUGUGCGCAAACUCGAUUAUCGCAUCAUGCCAACGCUAUGCCUCAUGUACUUUCUGAACUACAUUGAUCGCAACACUCUCGCCUCCGCUCGCCUCAACGGCCUCGAAGAUGACCUCGGCAUGGAGGGCACCGACUUCAACACGGCUGUGUCGAUCCUUUUCGUCGGCUAUGUCCUCAUGCAGAUUCCAAGCAACAUGAUGAUAACGCGCAUAAAGCCUGCCCGAUACAUGAGUGCGUGGAUGCUCGUAUGGGCAGUCGUAUCUGGUUGUACAGGCGCAGUACAAAACUACGCCGGCCUAGUGGUUUGCCGCUUCUUCCUUGGAAUCACAGAAUCCCCUUUCUAUCCUGGUGCCAUCUAUGUUCUAUCGAUCUGGUAUACACGCCGAGAAGUGGCCGCCCGCGUCGCUGUGCUGUACAGCGCGCAAAUCCUAGCGACCGGUUUUACAGGUCUCAUCGCUGCGGGCAUCUUUGCCGGCCUCGAUGGCACACAAGGCCUUUCCGGUUGGCGCUGGCUCUUCGUCCUCGAGGGCAUCUUCACCUUCGCGGUCGGGCUGCUGGGCUUCUGGCUUCUUCCAAAUACCCCACUGACCACGCGCUGGCUGUCUCCGGAGGAGCGCGAGCUUGCGCAUACCCGUAUGGAGAUGGACUGCGUGGAGACUAGCCCGCAGGAUGCCACUUCCCUGGAUGGCCUGAAGCAGGCAGUGCGAGACCCACGAGCAUGGCUGUUCAGCGCGAUGCAAAUGUUUCAUCUUUCCGCUUGCUCCUUCAACUCCUUCUUCCCCACCGUCGUCAAGACCCUCGGCUACAACACGACCAUCACCCUCGUCAUGACGUGCCCGCCCUUCCUCGCCGCCGGCGCCGCCGGCAUCCUCACGGGCUACAGCUCCGGCAAGCUGCACGAACGCACGUGGCACAUCACGAUCGGGCUCCUCGUCGCCAUUGUCGGCUUCAUCGUCGCCGCAGCCAACAUGUCCACCGCAGGCCGCUACACGGCGUGCUUCAUCUUUCCCAUCGGCGCUUACGCCGUCAACAGCGUCAUUAUCGGCUGGGCGUCAUCAACAUGCGCGCAGACCAAAGAGAAGAAGGCGGUGAGUCUGGCGAUGCUGAAUGUUGCGGGGCAGAUUGGCUACAUCUAUGGGCCGUACAUGUGGAUCGAUGGGCCGAGGUUCGCGCUUGGGUUCGGGUUGUCGGCUGGGUUUUGCGUGCUGUGCAUUGCGACGGUAUGGGCGAUGAGAUUCAUACUGAAGAGGGAUAAUGUUAGGAUCAGGACGAGUGCUGCGUCUGAGGAGUUGAAGUUGUAUGGAUAUUAG